GGCCGGGCUCGGCGCCGCUCCCAUGGUGCCCCGCGGCGGCGGCCAUUCAAACCCGGGCCGGGAGCCACCGGCGCCUACAAAAUGGCGGCGCCGGGGGGAGCGGAGCAGCCCGGCGCGGCGGCGGCACCCGCGUCCCCGCUCCUCCCCGCCGAGCCGCCGGCCGCCACGGAGCGCGGCAGGGGGCCCCACCGCAGCGGGCCGGCGGCGGUGGUCAGCCCCUCGGUGUCCGUGGUGUUCCCGGGCGCCGUGAGCCGGGAGAGCUGCUGCCGCUUCGCCUGCGAGCUGCUGAAGCACGUCCUGUACCAGCGGCACCAGCUGCCGCUGCCCUACGAGCAGCUCGCCUUCUUCUGCCGGCGGCCGCCGCAGGUUGGGGAUGUGAUUAAAAAGCCACCCUCCAUGGAGCUGGCAAGCAAGAAAUGCCAGCAGGUGCUGAUGGAUCUGGAAGGAAUGCUCCAGCACUUGGAAGUAAUGUUUAGUUUGACUCUGGUUCCCCGCGUUCUUUUUCUACUCGGAGGCAGUGCCGUGAGUCCCAAGGAGCUUUAUGAGCUCAACUUGGAGGGGGUCUGUGUGGGCAGCGCUGAGAAGAGCCUGAAGACCACAUCCUGCGUGCGUAAGCUUUUUCACUCGCUCUUCAUAGCAGAUGUCUUCAGUGAACUUAAGGCUCUGCCUGUCAUGGGCACUACUGUUAUGCUCCAAGGACACCGCGAUUGUGGUGUUGAAUGGUUCCGGCCCAAGCUCAACUAUAAAGUACCAACCCGAGGGAGGAAACUAACUGUUAAUUUGUCCUGCGAUGGAGACAUCAGUAUAAGUGCCUCAGCUCCUUCAAGUACGACUUCUGCUUGGGAGGACUACGUAUGGUUUCAAGCACCAGUGACGCUCAAGGGCUUUCAUGAAUGACCUCUGCUCUGGAGGAUUUUAAUGGAGUAUUGAAUAACCUUUGGUGCUGCUUUAUGUGGUAAUUUUAUCAAUUCUAAUAGCACAUUCUUGUCUAUCUGGAUCUCUUCUACAGGGUACCUACUGCCUUCCUGUAGCUGGACUGCGUUCUAUGUUCAUCUCCUGAAUUGUCUUUGGAAGCAAAUACCCUUUAAGGCACAGUUGCAUACAGAUACCAUGACUCAUUAGGGACCUGACCUGAGGCACAGGAAAUGAAUUAGUGUCUUGGGAAUAAAACUUCUUAGCCACCUACUUGCUGAACUGACAAAUACUGGAUACAGUUUUCUCUCUCCUGAGUUUUACUGCAGCCGUUUGUCUGGUAAUAAUUACUUUGUUAGCUGAUUAUUUGGGAUUCUAGAUAAUGUAUGUGAUUAUUAAUAUAGUUGGCCUUUACCAUGAAGGCCGUAACUAUUUUUAUCUACCCCACUGCUGUGAAAGGAGACAUUUUCCUGCAGUCUGAUCAGGCUCGAAUACUUGCCUAUCUAUUUCACAAAAUCAGACUUCCCCAUGACUCGGUUCCAAUUUAUAACAAUCUAAGGAGUGGCACUUCUCAGCAGUUGGGAGACUUCAUACCUAGCACAGUGCCUUUUACAGGCAAUGAAAAGAGGUUAAGCAGUUCUAUGGAGGCAGGGGAACGCAUUUUCCUCCUGUUUUCUACUAACCUUUAGUCCAUCAGACCUGACAAUCAGUUUCUUAUACAAUUAAGAUCAGGAGUAAGCAAUUUCUUCUCUAGCCUUCUUCAGAGAAAGUUAGGACUCCUGCCCCCUUGUGAUAGUUUAUUCUCACUUAACAACAAAAAAAAGGCAAAAUUCUUCUUGUUUACUUUUGCCUUUCAGAUAUUUCAGAGCCUUAGACUCCAGAAGUUUCUGAAAUGUGUGGAGGAGGCAAGGGGCAUGUCAUCAAGUUCAGCACUAUCUUUAACUGUCACCUCCUGCGCUAAGUCAGAAUGUCUUACCAGGAAGCAGAACUUGAGUCCUUUCUUCUGGACUAAUGUCUAGUACAGAAUGGGACAUGGAGGGAGGGAGAGAAGCCUAUAAAGCACAGUGUGCCAAAUAUCUGCUGGAGUUGUUCUGAGUCAUCUGUGCAUGUAUUUGUAAUGUAAUGAGCUUAACAGCUCCAUCCCAUUUGAAGAAAAUCUCUAGUCUAUGGGCAGUGAGGAUGCUUGCAGUUAUCUGUUAGCAAAAGCUGCCUGAUGGGGUGAUAAGAGUCCUUUGAAAGGAGAUCAGAGGGUGAAGUAACCUUCCAUACCUGGUACCUAUUUUAAGCUUGUUUGACAUUUUGGCAUGGAGUAAGAUUGUAGGACUGGAAGGAAAUUAGUUAAAUUCAUAUUUUUGAGCUUGGAGAACACUAGGAUACAGUCUUUGCCUUACUAUCCACUGACAACUGUCAUAUAAUGUGUAGUAACUGCUAAAGCUAGCUCCAGGGGAAAAACAGCUAAAAUAAAGAAAACUGCCUUAUGUGCAGCCACACACUUGGGAAUGUAAUCACAGGUCUCUCAAAUGAAGUGUAAGUUGAACUAUUCAGUAGGAGUGUUUGAUUGCUCAGGAGAUCAAAGCCUUUCCGCACUUCCACCAAAGCUACUUGUAAUGCAUAUUUAAGAAUGCUAGCACUCAAGAAUUUAAAGAAGCUUUUGAAAAGAUGCCUUAGUUCUGAGGAACAGGGGGCAUGUUCCUUUCUGCUCUAUCCCCCACAUGAGUGCAAUGUUACUGCAUUAAACUGUUUACAUAUUCUGUUAUACUUGAACUAUGAAUGCAGCAAUGAUAUGGUGCUGGGAAUAAAAGAUGAGAAGAUGCUUUUUUACA